AAGACAUAUACUGAUACGUUAGUGCCGUUAGUGGCGUUAGUAUGUUUUUGUUGAGAAACUAAAUUCAUUAAAAUCUUACAUUAACGCUUUUUUACAACUAAUUAAAAUAUAAUUGCUCUGGGCUGCUUACAGUUUGGCAAGAAAACAAUUUCGGUGACGAUUUCGCCCUUCACAGAAAAAGGAUUGAAGGACUUUGGUGAAACAUUAGAUAACGGUUUUAAGCAACUUCAAAGAAUGCAUUAACGAAAGCUAAAGCGCUUACGCAAUUUGUCGAAGUUUUUAACUUUUGCUAGCGCUAAAAUAGUGAUAAGUUCUUGAGCGAAAACUAAAAACACAGUAAUGUUAAUUACAGAAAAUAAAAACAAAAACAAUUAAUGAGGAAUGAAAGCAGCUCUUACUAUGAGUUCUGUUAUUAAACUAAAUGAUAGGAUUUAAGUGUUGUUGUGUGUGUGUCAUCCAAUAGUGCUUUCUAAUGUUAAAUGAAGUUGCGUUCGUUAUUUAAUUUUGAAGUUCAGAAGUGCAUUUCAGUGAAUUAACUUUUAUUAUUUGUUUUGUAGACGUUUUUUAAGGGGUUUCGUAGUGCGGGGGGUAUUGAUUGUUUUGGACAAUGAGAAACCUAAUUGGAUUAUUGCUGUAUUUGACCGCCAUUGCCGUACCUGGUAAUGGCCAUCAUUCUUCCCUAACACUAAGUCCUUCCGAUGCAACUUUAGUUAGAUACACAAAUGAAUCGCUUAUAGUACAAUGUAGCAGUGUAAAAAACAAUUUAAACCUUCACUGGAAGUCUCCGAAUGGCGACCUUAUUAAGAAGAAUAAAGGACGUAUUCACAUUGAAAACAAUAGUUCUACAGGUCAACUUACAAUAGUUUUCACGCACAUUUCUUUAGCCGAUAAGGGUAAUUGGACUUGUGAAGACACUGAGAGUGGAACACAUAACAUUACAUUUGAUCUUAUUGUGUAUCAAAAAAUCAUCUUCACUGAAAAUGCCACAGUUCAAGCUGUAAAGGAGGGGAAAAAUGCUACAAUACUUUGCGAAGUAAAAGGAGAGCCACAACCAACCAUUACAUGGAGUUUCAACGGGCAACCUAUAACAAUCGAUACAAAUUCUAGUAAGCUCCGGAUUUUAGCUGAUGGCUUACUUAUCAACAAGGUAGCACAAAAUGAUACUGGCGAGUAUACGUGCCGCGCAUACCAAGUGAACUCAAUUGCAUCAGAUAUGCAGGAACGCACCGUCCUAUUAAAAAUUGAACAUAAGCCAGUUUGGAUACACUCCCAUCAUACAAGUGUACAGUACGCAUAUAUUAAUGGAACAGCCACAAUGCUGUGCGAAGCCAUUGCGGAGCCACCGGCAAAUUUCACUUGGUUUUAUUUAAAAAAACGAAUACAUAAUAAUGAAUAUUUUAGUAUCGAAACCAAUCAUGUGAUGUCCUCUUUAACCAUAAGAGCACGUGAUGCAAGUAUAAUGGGCGUCUACAAGUGUCGUAUUCAAAAUGAAUUGGGCUUCCUGGAACGAACAAUUACUCUCAAACAAAGCGAAAAACCACCUGCACCCGAUGGUCUUCAUUUGCGUGGAUAUAACUCCAAUACUUUUGACAUCGUUUUGGGAACACCACGUACAGCAAUGCGUAGUCCUUUGGAAGUGAUUGCCUUUCGCAUUGAGUUCCAGACAGGAAAUGAAUUUAGAACGAAUGCUGGAAAUUGGAAAAAUGCAAAACGAAGAGACUUUCCAUUUGUGAAUGGUGCAACAUACCCACUAAAUAAGUUAGAACCAAAUACUACUUAUUACAUGCGUGCUGCUUCAAUGAAUUUGGCUGGCCUUAGUGACUGGACUAAAGUUGAAAAGUUUACCACACUUUCCAAUGAACUGCGAGGCUACGGCGAACGUACAAAGUCAACUAACUUUCUGAUUUUAUAUGCACUCUGUUUUGUUACUUUUUUAUUUAAAAAUACUUUUUUAAAAAUGUGAAAAGAACCCGAACUUAUACGGUCAAAACCAAGCUUAAAUUGAUAUUAAAUAUUUAUGAACUUUUUCCUUGAAAACCAAACAAUAAUUUUUUCGCACUUGCAUCUAAGAACUAUUGUUGCACUCUAAGCAAGCUUUGAUGUAUAAAACAAAAACAAUUUACGAAAUAAAUGUUCAAAGCCCAUCUCGAUAUCAUCCUUCCCUUCUUCGGCUUAGCAUCAAUUCCUUAAAAAUUCAUUUCCAAAACACAUUUCAUCACUCCUAUAUAAUUGUAUUCACACGGCACAAGUAGUUUGAAUUUAACUUGUCAUUUUACUCGCUCGGCUCGUUCGGGUACCGUUGUUACAAAAUCAAGUUGAAAUUAUAACCCGGUUGCAAACAAAUAUUUGACUGCCAAAAUGAUAAUGGAAUUGGAAUUUGUACAAAAUCAAGUUAAAAUAAAGUAGGUAAUUCAGAAUAGUACAAUUAUGGUAUAUAGUGAAACUAUAAAACAAAAAAUUCCUUUCAUUAACACUUAGAGACCAAAACAAAAAGAAACAAAAUAUUCAUGAAACAAACAACGUAACUACAAAAAUAAAAAUGAAAAAUAAAAUCAAAUACAAUAAGAAAAAUGAAAAUCAAAAUCACACUGAAAGAUUGAUUUGCCAUGUGAACAAGGUUUUAACGAAGCGAGCCGAACGAAUAAAAUUAAAAUAAAAAUAAGAAUUAUUUAUGUGGUGUGAACAGGAUAUUAGUGAAAUUCUAGCUAUGUCUGUAGUAGUUAAUUAGAUAUACAUUCCGUUAUUUGAUAAUAUUUACCCACAUAUUUUGUAUAAUAUUUGCUUAAUUUA